GACCAAUCAGAUGUAUUCAUGGCCGGCCGCAUUAGUAGAAAGAUUUUAAUAUUGAUGUGGAUUUGAUGCUCUCGUGGCUAGCUGUGGCUAGCCGUUGCUAGCUCGUGUGGGAAAAUAAACAGCAUUAUCUGCAAGAGGAAUUGUUUUUCGAGGCUAGAAAGUCGUGUCAGAAAUAUUUUGCCGAGAACAAUGUCAGAGAUGAUGGUGGACGAACGAGUGACUGAUGAAAUUGAAGCAUUAAAAGCAAUUCUAUUGGACAAUGAGCUCAAUAUCAAAGAAAAUGAUAGAGGAGAGCCAGAGUACAUUGAAACAAUACUAUUUCCAUCAACUGGCGAAGACUCACAGUCACAAUACGUUUGUGUCACACUAGUAGUACAGUUACCUUCAGGCUAUCCAGAUGUCUCACCAACUAUCAAUCUUAGAAAUCCAAGAGGAUUAGAUGAAUCUACAGUAAAGCUGAUGCAAUCUGAUGCAGAAGCCAAAUGCAAAAACUUCAUAGGUCAGCCGGUUAUGUUUGAAUUAAUCGAGUUAAUACGGGAGCAUCUGACGAGAAGCAAUCUUCCCACCGAUCAGUGUGCCGUCUGCUUAUACGGUUUUCGAGAAGGGGAUGAAUUCACAAAGACGGAAUGCUAUCAUUACUUUCAUUCACAUUGUCUAGCCGCGCAUGUUGCCGCUGCUGAAAGAUAUUAUAGAGAAGAACAAGAUAAAUUACCGCAAUGGCAACAAGAUACCACAAAUAAAUUUCAGGCAAUAUGCCCUGUUUGCCGCGAGUCAAUCAGUUGUGAUGUCGAAAGUUUAUGGUCUGCACCGCCACCUAUUGAUGUCGAAGCCGCUACAGAUUUCUCUGUCACCACUGAAUUGAGAGAAUUGCAGAAACAAAUGGCCGCUUUGUAUCUACGGCAGCAACAACGAGGCGGUAUAAUUGAUUUAGAAGCCGAAGGUGUUAAGAUGUUAUUGAGGACAGAGGAUGAUCCUACUGUCACAGAAGAGGUGAGCCCACCAGGCACAAGCUUGAAUGCAUAUUCAAAUACCACCGAACAACCAGUUACUCAAAUGCACUCAAAGCAGUCGACAAACCAAACGCAGAACCAUCACUCGCAAUUCCACUCGCGUCAGGUACAUCACAAUCAUGGUCAUCGGCAACGAGGUCGUGGCCGGCCCCAUUACCGACGCCACUUUGACAGAGUUAGACAAGUGGAAUCUACUCCCAGAUGACAAUGGGCUCGUGAUAAGCUCGCUGCUCAAAUCUGGUCUGAUCCCUUCUACACUCUUUUAAUAAGUGUAUACAAUAUUCUGAUAAGUAUUAGUAGCUUAAUCGCGACUAUAAUAUACAGUGAUUAUCUCUUAUUCUCUUCAAGCAAACUCACCGCGAUAAUAAAUUUAUAAGUGUUGUUGAUCGGCAUUCUUCUCGUUGUCGUCGUCGCAAUCGUGACAGAAGCGAUAGGGUAUAUCGAUUUUCUGUCUGGACUAUCUAUGUAGACUGAACUGUUUGCCCUUUUUUCAAAUAAUUCGUAAUCGUAUACAAAAUGGUUAAUAUUAUUUUAUCUAAAGUUCCUUUUUUUAUUUAUUAGUUCACACAAAAUCUUAGGACAUUAGGACGUUUAGUUCAUUGAUUCUCUUUUGUGAUAUAUAAAUGUUGAAUAACAUUUCCAAUAUUAAAAAGAAUCAUGAACGGCAGCAAAUUUUUUCAAUAUUUAAACAGAUUGAACAAAUUGAUGAUAUUUAUUAUUUACAUGUAGUAUAAUGGAUUAUAGAUAUAUGUUUCUUUACUUUUAUAUAAAUAUUAGUAAAACAUAUUAAAUUUUUGCAUAAUAGUAAUUAAUUUAUUUGUUCCGAAACUGGGUAAUUUUAAUAUUUUUUUAUUAUAAUGAAAGAAUGCUGUAUUACUUAAUCUAAUUACUAUUUUUCAUUCUUUUUUUACAAGGAUUAUAAAAAUAAGUAUGAAAUCAUAAGCAUGAAAUGUGUAAUACUAUUUGAAAAAUUAGAUAAUACAAAAAUUAAAAUAAAGGAUAUUAGAUAAAUUAAAUAUGUAUAUGUGAGAAAUAAACUUAUAUUAAAUGUGUAAUGCUAUUGUUCCAUCACAGUUAUAUCUGAUUUAAAAUUAGCAGAUAAAAAGAAGAACAUUCUUCAAGAAGUGCAAUGCCAGUAUUACGCAAAUAAACACAGAAAUUAAAUUCUAGAGAGAUACAGUUUUAGGAGAUAAGAAGAAUCGAUGACUCAAAUGUCACACUAAGUUUUGUACUCGUCGCGAAUACGAGAAAAUUUUAUUCAUCCAUUUGCCAUGACCUUUCUUUGAUCUUGUUAUCUCGGUUAUAACAUUUAUCAGAUAAUUUAGCAUAAUACCUGUCAUAACAUGUAUUUAGCAUUACAUAUAUUAUCCUCUAUCGUUAACAGAAAAAUAUAGUCUCUAUAUUAAAAAAGCAAAAAAGGAAAAGAGCAUCAGAAAUCAAAUAGCUAUAAUUUAACAUAUUUUAAAGAAUAAAUAUUAUAAUUAAGAUUCUACUCCAUCAAUAACAUUAUAUGGAUGUAGGAAUUUAAAAUUGAUGGUGCGUGUAUCUCAAUUUGUCAUAGAUUAUUAUCGACUAAACUUAAAUGUUUUGAUUCUACUUCGGAUCUUCUUCAAUGAAGAUAAUUAUUCAAUGAAGAAAGUAUAGUUCUUUUGGAGGAUCAAAAUGUUUCAAUUUGUUUAAUUUUAAUUAAUGAGCAAUUGAAAUAUUUACACCAUCAAACACAUUUUUAAGCUCUCAUGUAUUUAUAUUAAUAUUAUUUUAAAAGAAUAAAUAAACUAUAAGAGAUACA